CACGAAGACAAUUUAUAUACAGAAGAUAUAAACCAAAAAAAAAUCCCUUCUCCCCCAUCUAGGGUUACCAAUUCAUUGCAUGGGUCGAGUAAUUAGGAAAUUGAAACCUGAAUAACAUAGGUUCAAAUUAUAAAAAUUCUAUGAACUUUUAAUUGGGUAUACAACAAAUUGUACGCGAAGAACUCGAAUGUGAGAGGAAUCAGAAGGGCAAUAUCACAGAAACGCUUGUACUGGAGAACCCUAAGGAUGCAUUAGUGUGUGAGAAAUCAACAUCGCGAUAAAACUAUUCAACAGAAAGUCUAUGCUCUCGAUGAAAUAUCAAAAUACUCUUCUUCUCUAUUUACUUAUUGCAAACCAUUCUUGUGACCGCAGGGUGGCGUGAUAUUGGGUCCUUCAGUACUGGGACAAAACCAACACUUUGCCAAUGCGGUAUUUCCUUUAAGAAGUGUAAUGGUGCUGGAAACAAUGGCGAAUGUUGGUCUUCUUUACUUCCUUUUCCUGGUUGGAGUGGAAAUGGACCUCGGGGUAAUUCGUCGCACUGGAAAAAAGGCCUUCGCCGUUGCUAUUUCCGGGAUGAUAUUGCCUUUCCUUAUUGGUGCUUCAUUCUCCAUCUUGUUGCACCAGAAAUCACAAUUCAUGAAACAAGGCACUUUCAUUCUCUUCCUUGGAGUUGCUCUCUCCGUUACAGCAUUCCCCGUGCUUGCCCGAAUACUUGCAGAGCUCAAACUUCUCGACACCGAGAUUGGUCGGAUCGCCUUGUCGUCGGCUCUCGUCAACGACAUGUGUGCAUGGAUUCUCUUAGCUUUUGCCAUCGCCUUGGCUGAGAAUGGAAGUAUGUCCUUGGCGUCUCUCUGGGUGAUCCUAUCGAGCACGGCAUUCGUGGUGUUCUGCAUAUUCGUGGUCCGGCCACUGAUCGUUUGGAUGAUGCGGAAAACUCCAGAAGGCGAAUCCAUCAGUGAAUUCUACAUAUGCCUGAUUCUCACUGGGGUUAUGAUCUCUGGUUUUAUCACAGAUGCCAUUGGAACACAUUCUGUUUUCGGAGCUUUUGUCUUUGGCCUGGUGAUUCCAAACGGACCUCUUGGUGUUACCCUUAUAGAAAGACUUGAGGACUUCGUUUCAGGGCUUCUGCUUCCUCUCUUCUUCGCCAUUAGUGGCCUCAAGACUGAAAUUAGCUUAAUUACAGGGUGGGCAACGUGGGGAAUUCUACUGCUUGUAAUCAUUCUUGCCUGCCUUGGCAAAGUUGUUGGAACCCUACUUGUUGCUCUCUACUACAAAAUGCCAUUUCAGGAGGGUCUGACGCUUGGUUUGCUCAUGAAUACCAAAGGCCUUGUUGAGAUGAUCGUGCUUAACGUCGGCAAAGACCAAAAGGUACUCUCCCCCCAUUCUCCGAUCACUUGAGCCUUAGCUUGAGUUUGUCUUUGGAAAAAUUUAUCAAGAAGAUUAAUAUGUCAGUCACUGAAUACAGGUGUUAGACGAUAAGUCAUUUGCGAUCAUGGUCCUUGUAGCUGUG